UUGCAGACAUGGAAGACAGUGAUGUGACAUCUUCUUCAGAUGAAGAUGAGUCUUCUUCUAGUACUCCUCCUCCAGAUGAAAAUGCUCGAUCUGCAGAAAGGAAAGACUCUGUUUGGUCUCUUGGAGAAGGACCACCAGAUGAUGCGGACAAGAGGGAUAAUUCACAACGAUCAACUUUAUUUAUUGAGAAACCCAGUAGUGGAACAGUAGGUGUGGGUGGUGAUAUUAAGUUUACGGCAAAAGUGGAGGCAAAAGAUCUCCUCCGUAAACCUAUUGUGAAGUGGCUGAAAGGAAAAUGGAUGGACUUGGCAAGUAAAGCUGGAAAGCAUCUUCAACUUAAGGACACAUUUGACCGUGUUAAUAAGACAUACACAUAUGAAAUGCAAAUCCUAAAGGCAAAGGAGAACUACGCUGGGAACUACAGAUGUGAAGUAACAUAUAAAGAUAAAUUUGACAGCUGCUCAUUUGAUCUUGAAGUUAUUGCUGCACCAGAUGCUUCCCAAACUCUGGACAUUAGAUCUGCAUUCAAGAGAAGUGGUGAAGGACAAGAAGAUGCAGGAGAACUUGACUUUAGUGGUCUCCUGAAACGUAGAGAGGUUAAGCCAGAAGAAGGUCCAGAGAUAGAUGUAUGGGAGAUCCUGAAGAACGCCAGUCCCAAUGAAUAUGAGAAGAUUGCAUUUCAGUAUGGUAUUACAGACCUGAGGGGGAUGCUCAAAAGACUGAAACGUAUGAGAAGAGAGGAGAAGAAGAGCGCAGCUUUUGCCAAGAUAUUGGAUCCCGCUUAUCAAAUCGACAAAGGAGGACGCGUGAGAUUUGUUGUUGAGCUUGCAGAUCCAACAGUGGAGCUCAAAUGGUAUAAAAAUGGUCAGGAGAUACGACCAAGUACGAAGUACAUAUUUGAGCAUAAAGGAAACCAAAGGAUACUGUUUAUUAAUAACUGCACAUUGGCAGAUGAUGCUGCAUACCAAGUGUGUGCUGGAGAUGAAAAGUGCUCUACAGAGUUGUUUGUUAGAGAACCACCAGUGCUGGUCACAAAAGAGCUGGAGAAUGUCAGCACGUACUGUGGAGAAAGAGUGGAACUGGAUUGUGAGGUAUCUGAUGAAGAAGCCAAUGUGAAAUGGUUUUAAAAAUGGUGUUGAGCUUACCAAUGAACCAAGGUCAAGGUACAGACUAAAGGUGGAUGGCAAAAGGCACAUACUGAUUAUAGAUGAAGCAGACAGAGGGGACUCAGCCACCUAUUCUGUGAUGACCACAGGAGGACAGUCAGCAGCUCAAGUACAAGUUGACCUGCGACCACUGAAAAUAUUACAACCCCUGACUGAUAUGACUGUGAAUCUUGGCAAGGAAAUUCAUUUGAAGUGUGAAAUCUCUGAGAAUGUUUCCUGGAAGGUGGUACAGAAAUGGCCAGCUUAUUUAUGGCAGUGACCGCAUUAAGAUAUUUCAUAAGGGAAGGAAUCACAGAUUAGUUAUAGCAAAUGCACUUGUUGAAGAUGAAGGUGAUUAUGUAUUUGUUCCCGAUCUUUACCUUAUUAAUAUUCCAGCCAACGUACAUGUCAUUGAUCCUCCAAGAAUCCAUUUUGAUUCUCUCAAUUAUCCGGAUAAUACUGUGGUAGUUGUAGCAGGAACAAAGCUGCGGCUUGAGGUGCCAGUUACUGGUGAACCCGCACCUAAAAUUAUCUGGAGUAGAGGAGAUAAGUGGAUCACAGAUCUGAGUGGUCGUAUAAGGGCAGAGUCGUUCCCUGAUCAUGGACUUCUAGUCAUUGACUCUGCUGAGAAGGAAGAUACUGGGACAUACAGGAUGAUGGUAAAGAAUGAAGCAGGUGAAGCUGUAGCUCACAUCAAAAUAAAGGUUGUUGAUAUACCUGAUGCACCACUAGCUCCUGAUGUGACUGAGGUUGGAGAGGACUGGUGUACUAUGAAAUGGGACCCACCAUUAUAUGACGGUGGAUGCCCUAUUACGGGGUACUUUAUUGAAAGAAAAAAGAAGCAGAGCUCCAGGUGGAUGAGAUUAAAUUUUGACUUAUGUAAGGAUACCUUUUUUGAACCCAAAAAAAUGAUUGAAGGUGUGGCUUAUGAGGUCCGGGUUUUUGCUGUCAACUCAAUAGGGAUUUCUAAACCAAGCCUGCCCUCCAAACCUUUUGUCCCACUAGCUGUCACAAGUGCACCAACCAUGAUGACCGUAGAUGGAGUAACUGAUACCACAGUGACAAUGAAAUGGAGACCCCCUGACCACAUUGGUGCUGCAGGGUUAGAUGGUUAUGUUAUUGAGUACUGCUUUGAAGGAGGUAAACAUUCAGAAAUCAUGUCCCUAGCCUCUACUUUUUGUCUAAUCCUCAUUUGCUUAACAAUAAUGAACCUAACAAUAAACAGUACUGAAUGCUGUCAUGCUUUAUUCAUGUCACGAUUUAUAGUUUAA